GAGGGUGAUGCUGAUAAAAAGUUUUCUGGUCUGUUGGAAAAAAAAUGGACAUCCGUUAUCCGGCUUCAAAAAAAGGUGAUGGAUUUGGAAGGAAAACUUGUCGAAGCCGAGCGUGAAAGUGCCUCCUUAUCUGCAAGUAUGGGUUUAGGAAACCAAGUUGUGCCUGGAAGUGCCAUACCAGGGUGUCGUCCUUUAGGAGGCCGCUUCAGUGCGGCAGAAGCUAUUCCGCGUCCGCCGGCUAAAUUUACCCUUACGGGUCAUCGAUCACCUGUCACUCGUGUUCGCUUUCAUCCAUUUUUCAACAUCAUGGUCUCCGCAAGUGAAGAUGCAUCAAUUAAGGUAAGCUUUUUAACUAUGAGUCUUGUAAAUUUUAUUUGCUCUGUAUUUGAACUUUAUGUAAUAUCAUAA